AUGGCGGCAGUGGGCUUCUGCGUUGGCCGGUGGUGGCCGAGCAGCCAGUCUAGCUCCCAAGACCUUCAGAGGCAGCCAAGACCAAUGCCCACUCAAGCGUCGCACAAGGCCUGGAGCCACAAAGGCAGAUUGUGGGUCCUAGUGUUACUAAAGUUUGCUUUGUCGCUGCUAGAUAUGAUUUCAGGAGCUCUCACUCCAAUUGUUCUUGCCUUGAAGAACUCAGAUGUCAAAUUCACGGUUGUUGAUAAGGAUGAAAGCGUAAUCAACUCUUGGAACUCCAACCAUCUCCCACUUUUCGAGCCUGGAUUGGAGGAGAUCUUUUUCGAUGAACCGGAGCAAAAGGUCCAUGAAGACGGCCAGCGUCCCUGGCGAAGGAGACUGCAGAAUAUUGCUUUUUCCAUCGCCAUGGACGAAUAUAUCAUGGCAGCAGACAUGAUUUUCAUUUGCGUCAAUACACCCAUUCACAUGAAUACGCGGAACUCUACGGCUAUUAGUCUCGCUCAGGGUCUCCACCGGUUUGGUGCAAAGGUUCGCCUAUACGACCCCCGUUUAAGAUUCGAUCAGAUUGAGUGCAUCUUUGGUUCUACAACGUCACAGAUGGUGGUUGCUGACAUUGAAGACGCCUGUCGGGGAUGCCAUGCUCUAGUUAUCCACACUAAUUGGGAUGAGUUUGCUGACUGGAGCAUUCCAUGGUAG